AUGUUUCAACUAAUGUUGCAGAGAAAUGGCUGCGUGGCCAGAACAUCGAUAAUCAGCUCUGUUCGUUCCUUCACUAGCGGAGCAGUCCGUUGCAAUGACAUUCUUCCUUCGUCCCCUAAAAUGAAAACACAAGCAUGGACUUCGGGACCUUCAGACGAUAUGGACAUCACCAAAAAGGUCAUGGGAAUGGCCAGAAAGGUCCAGGAAAAGAGUCUGCCACCAAUCAUCGUAGAGAAGCUGUUGUUGUCGCUGUUCGGAAACUCAACCACAUAUAAUCCAUUUGACUUCUCAAUGACGAAAAAGGUCAUGGAGGAGAACUUGGAGAGAAAGAACAGAAACCCACAGGCCAAGUAUAAGGGUGGAAAGAACGAUGUUUUCAAAAAGGCUGGUAUCGAUCCCCGGGACUUAUAUCUCAUGCCUGAGAUCUUAUCUAAAUUUCUUUCACCUACAGGACAAAUUCUUCCCAGAGAAGUUACAGGAUGUACUGACCAAAACCAGAAAAAGUUGGGCAUAGCCAUCAAGAGGGCACGUGUAGCGGGAUUGUUGUCUUAUACUGGAAGACAUGGCCGCUUCAUGCCCAAGAGACUUAUGUAG